CGAUAAGUACCGAUUCUGAUUCCUUGUGCUUCACGAGACUUUCGAUUUUUUCUACACGUGUGGCGGGGGAAAAGACAAAUGCUUCUGUGAUUGUUUCAAAUUUUAACAUUAAACUUAAUUCAGGAAAAAAUUAAGCGGACCAUCAGUGGCCCAGGGCUUCAUAUCAAUGAUAUGGGCUUGGAAGUGGAUACCCACGUCACAGUCAUAUGUUGGGCACCUGAUGCCAAAGAGCAAAAAAUUGUGCGGCCUGUCUGGGAUCCAGACUUGGGAACUUGGAUAUAGGGUACCAACUAAUGCUGAGGGUAAUACAUGGAUUGCCUAUAGAGGAGAAGAUACUUCUCCUGAAUGAUUCACCAUUAGAGCAAGCUUAUUCAGGGUACAUAAGCAUUUGGAAAAGUCAUUACUUGCUCUGUGUCUUGUGAACUACUGGCGCUAGUUCUGCUUGGAUGCUGUUCAAGUAACGCAAAAGAUCAAGAUCUAAAGAGAAUCAUUACACUAUGUCAGAAAGCAGUGAAAAAAUGUCUGACCAUAGUGAAAGUGGGAGUGAGAGUGGUAAUACAAACGACAUUUGUCGGGAUUUUUUGCGCAAUGUUUGCCGGCGUGGUAAACGGUGCAGAUACCGACACCCAGGAGAACAAGAAACAACUGAAUUUAAGAAAAUAUCUGAGUACACAUUCUGUCAUGAUUUCCAAAACAAUGGUUGCAGACGACCAAAUUGUAAAUUUCUCCACUGUACCAGGGAGGAAGAAGAGCAUGCUAGAUCAACGGGUGAGCUUCCCCCACGUGUUCUGCAAGCUGCCUCGCUUGGCAUCGGUGUGAAUCAUGCAGAAAUGGUGGCUAAAGGUGGUGUUCCUAUAUGUAAGGAUAAUUUGAAAGGUAGUUGUCAACGUGGCAAUCAGUGUAAAUAUCGACACAUAUCAAGUGCGGAAUACGAAUUUUUACAGCGAAAAUCAGAAGGAAGGGAAGUUUUUAAUAAAGAAGUUUUUAAUAAGGACCCAAGAUUUGAUUGGUUCGAGUUUGAACCUGAAGUGAGCAUAAAACGCAGGAGACUUGAUUCAGAGUUUUCAAAUGAUGGAUUUAGAUCUUUUGAGAGUAGAUACCCACAGCUUUCACCAAAUUCAAAGCCACUUAGCUAUCAGCUGCUUGAAGACGAGAAUGCAAUGUUGAGAAAGAAAGUGGAUGAGCUAAAAAAGCAAGUUGCAGACCUCACAGCAACCAACGAGGUACUCUUGGAGCAAAACGCACGCUACAGAUUACUUCCCUGGUGAUUUCAAGCAUGUCUGCAGACAUGAAAAUGAAUGGGAUCCGAUGCCCAAAGCUGCCACACCUGGCCAGUUGGAUGAGCCCUGGGCCGUGACACAUCUGGUAUCCAGUCCAAAAGAGAUAAACAUCCUUAGUGAUAUUGACAUUGUCCAUCUCUGGGCACAGUAAAAUGCAUCUAUGAAUAUGCCUUAUUCAUCCAGAUAUGUUGUAUUUUUUCUGGCUAUAAUAUAUGGCUCUAUUCUGCCUAACACAUAUUUAUGCAUUCUGUUAAAAUGCUAAGACAGUACAACUGUGCAUGCUUGGACAGGAUUCGCUCGUCUGACGAGAUAAUUUGUUUUGUUUAAAGCUAAAGUUUAAGGACAUCCUAAAAACGACUUGUAGGGCCUUGAAAAGGGGCCCAAGGAUUGAUUCCUUCCUGGCUUGUUACAUUCAGGGCAUUGACAUAAGAUUUUCA